CUACUGCAGUCACAUGUCUCACAAUCUAUAUAUGAAACCUUACCUUGCUAGAUAGAUUUUAUACUGCCAAGGGUGUUGAUUCUUCUACGCUCUGUACAUGCAUUAUAUUAUUACGAGAUGAAGAGUCAUCGCAUGUUGGCAAGAACAAUGAAUGGCCUUCAAAGGCGGAUUCCAAUAUCAACCCCUAUUUUAUCAUGCCCUAUCCGCGACCAUAAAUAACUAAACGCCAUUUCUGACAACUAACUCAAGGAGCCAGCUGUUGAAGGAGCGACCCGUUCUUGUCGUUGUUGAGAUGGCGACUUCCUGGCCACUCCGACAUAAAAAUGGCAUGAAUAUAUAUAAGUUAGUUAUUAUAUAUAUAUAUAAUGUUAAGGCAUCCCUCACCCUCAACUUGGGGUAUUGGUCUUUUCAUCCUCUGCCUUUUUAAGUCCAAAAGAAUCCACAGUCAUCCAGCGUUGCUCUAAAAGCCCUAUCCAUUAUUUGGCCUCCCAUCUAUCUAUAUUGCAACGUAUUACCUAUGUGGGUAUAGAAACCGGUCAUAAUUGAUCUCCAAGGUUUUCGAGAAUGACAUUCCUAGCUCCCUACACUUCUCUGAUGCGACUUGGUCAAGGGUUCAAUUCCUAUACCCAGCAAAUCUGUAUCGAUGAUGCAGUAAUAGUUCAUGAAUAUAACGAUGGCUCAGAGAGUCAGCAUCGUUGUCUACCGGGCGAAUUCCCGCCAGAUAAUGCUGAUGACCCCAUGAGGGAUGCUGGCGAUGUUACGACGGAAGAGGCAGCUCAACCCGCUGAUGCUGGUUUGCAACCGCCUCCUAACACGAAGACUGAAAAAGUCAAGGCUUCCAACGUGAAUCAGACCGUCACGUAUACUGCUCAUGCGAUCGACAAUCUUGCAGAUGUUGUCGACACCCUCAAUAUCUCCUCAAGUGCCACAAUCAACUAUGCCAACAGCCAUAGCAAUGGUUCCGCUAGUUUCGUAAAAGAAAACAGUAUCAGCGAGAGUGACAUCAAUUUCAUUGUCUCCGUCAAAGUGACCAACGAGCUCCCCAUCCGCCCAACCCACCUGGAGUUUCGACCCCUGGAUGGCUUGGAUCCCGAUCAAUUCCCAGAAAUAUACGGUGAUUGUUUUAUCGCCGGCUUCCUUGAGGGUGGUGAAUUUUCAGCCAUCGUCAGUAUCAAAGUCCAGGACAAGAAUAAGAUAUCUAGGGUGAAAAUGGCGGCGGAGAUGCAGCUUUCUGCUACGAAAUACUUCCAACCCAUGAGCGGGGCAGUGGCUGAUAGGGAGAAUCUGGAUAUUUGGACUGAUACUGAUCUCAGCAUUUCCGUAACCUGGUCAGGGGGUGGGAGCAUCAAAAAUCCUAAAGCGAGUUGGGACCUGCCGACUAUAAUCCAAGCUGCCAAUGACUUCCCAGCCCAAGUUUCGAAGUAUUCACAGAGAACUCAGGCGAUCCUAAUGAGCUACAACUCCGUUCGAUCAUUCCAUGAAUUUAAUGCAAAGGCUGCACGACCUUUUGUUGUUCUGGACUAUCGCUUGUGUGAGCUAUAUACCGCCGAGCUUCUCAGUGCGUUCAUUGCGUAUAAAACUUUGUGGAAGUUGAUCUCAAAAAUGAUAAAAGCUCCCGAUCUUUACCAGACAAAGGAUGCCACAGACAAGGUUCCAAACCCCAUUAGCUGUGACCCGACUUCCCUAAAUCGAGCCAAAAUCGACUGUCGAAAAGGAAUGACCAUGAUCCUUGAAGAAGUACGUACCCCAUCGUUUUCACGAGAUGUGGUGCGUCGCACCGUGGCUAAUAUCAUAGACAAAAAUGCUCGCGCGAAAACCACAUCUUGGUAUGGUCGAUGAGAACGGCACUGUGAGGCAACUUGCCUGCGGUUAUGCCUCCGAACUUGCUGCGCGGCUUCCCAUCUAUAUCGGAUCAUCUGGAAACUAUGCUCACAAUGGUCUCAGCCAUGGAGCUUCCACUGCUGAUGAAAUGAACAUGGUCAAUAAAUACGUCUCAGGUCCUUCGUUUCUUCCGCAACUAGGAGAAAAUCAAGGAGGGAAGCUUCCGCGGGUUACCAAUACAUUCUAUUCCACAGCUUCAAGUACUGCACCAGAUGGACAAGUCGGGUAUCCAAUCACCCACCCCACCCGUGCCAGAGGAAGCUCAAAUGCUGUCGAAAACACCGACGAAAAUUGGGGACAAAUGAAGCGUAAUCGAUCUUGUAUGUCAUCACCUGGGUUCAUCGCUACUGGAAGCCUAAACUGCAUUGGUCUGGUCUACCAUGCCCUGCUCCUGAAAUGUUGCUUCCGAAGGACAAAGAGAGUAAAAUUGCAGACUCCAAGGGGGAGUUCGAACCAGGAGGAUCCGGUUCGAGAGGAUCAAGUAGCAACUAUAUCUGGUGCGGUCACCGUCCCCUGAAGCCUGGUAACUUCACGUCUUCGUAUCUGUCGUGUGUUCUGAAAAUCUGGAAAGUGGACGUAUCGCAUCCUCGUCCUAGAUUCAAUCACUCAAAAAGAAAGUCUAGUGGAAAGGGAAGUCUAGUGGAAACGGAAGGAAAGAAAGCAGGACCCCAUCGGUCACAAGACUGUAUAUUAGAUAGUAGUAUAUAUCCCAGAACGAGCUACAUAAUCGUUCAAUAUAGCUUAAUGACAGUAGUCUCAUAACAUUGCUUCCAAGGUUCCCUUUACAUGAGAGUCACA